CAUUCUAAAGUAUUCUAAAGAUGUCCAUCGCUUGCACUUUGACACAUGGUACAUCGUUUUUGAAAUGUGCUUAUUACAACUCGAUAGUAGCUAUCUUAUCGCGCAAUAUAUACCGGGCCACGAUCAGCAGGAGGAAACUCUCCUAGCCGUUGCUGAAAAAUUAAGCAUUUAAAGGAAUUACAAUGAUAUUUGGGAGGUUAUUACAUCGGAUAGGUGAGAAGUGGUUUAAUGUACAAAAAAAAACAAGUGAGGGUGUCCAAUCAGCAAGAGAUGCUGUUUUUCGUGGUGGAAUUUUGCUCGUGAGUGCCAUCCUUGUGGUUUGGGUCUCUAUAUUUCUUUACACAGCUUUUUAUUACGCAUACAUGCCUAGUAUGUCUUAUGUGCGGCCAGUGCAUUUACAGUUCAAAUCAUGCGAUGAGACAAAAGGCAUAUGCAGUUUUCCAUCAGCUUACGUUCAACUGACAAAGAAACAACAGCUACUAAUGGUAGGGCAGCCCUACAAAGUGAACUUGCAUCUUGAAAUGCCAGAAUCACCAGCCAAUAAAGAGCUUGGUAUGUUUAUGGUCUGUGCACAGUUGCGCAGUAGGGAUGGUGUCCUUGUAGAGCAUGCUUGUAGACCAGCAAUGCUACAUUAUAAAAGUACACUUCUGCACAUGUUAACUACCCUGACAUUCUCUCCUAUGAUGAUAUUUGGUACCAGUGAAGAGAAACAAAUCAUUGUCUUGGAAUUAUUUGGAAAUUUUGAGGAGGAUCAAAGUCAUCCAGUGACUGUCAUCUAUGUGGAGAUUCAAUCUCGUCACGUGGAAUUCUACUCAGCUACACUAAUGAUAAAUGCCCACUUAUCUGGGCUGCGUUAUUUGAUGUUUCAUUGGCCUGUUCUGUCUUCCUUCAUCGGUAUUGGCACCAACUUGUUUUUCAUAGCGCUAAUAUGCAUCCUCUCGUACUUGCAUUUCGCCACGGAGGAGGAUCUGACAGAGGAGAACUUUGGCUAUGAGAAAGGUGAACCUGAGGAAGAUAAGGAUCUCAAAUCCAGUAGUGAUCUGUCAUCGGAUUCGUCGUCCUUAGAAGAUACAUCCAUGUUGGAAGAGUUACCGAAAUCUCAGGAUGAGAGCCAGUCGACUCUUUCUACUGACCCCAUCAUAAGAAAAUCAGGAUACAUCCAGGAGUUGUCGGGCUUAUAUUCGGAGACAUCCACGAGUUCUGGAAUAGCUAAAUGAAAUAUUAAUUGACGUUUGAUGAUAUCGUCGUAGCAUUUCAUUUUUUCAUUUCGUUGAUGACUACCAAAGAGAUAGAUGGAAAGCGUCGGCAGGGCGUGACCCGAGUCUGAAAUAACCAUAUCAGUAAGAAAAAUUGUCCUCUGGAUGAUUUUGGGAAAGUCGAAGUUCGUUUUUAAAGUAAUACGUUUAAAAUGCGGAUCUGUAUUAGACGAUUGACCAAGAUUAUUUACUUUGGAGACACUGGUCUCGCUCGUGCAUCGAGUAGAGUCCCCCAUUUGUAUAUAAUAUUUACAAUAUUCUUUCUUGGUUUUUUUUUGUUCAUUUCACUAACUGAUUUUAUUUAUAGAUCUAGCAAAGUAUAAAAUUUGAAAGACUGUGAUAAAAUUUAACCAGUGCCCAGUUACUUUUUGAACAUAUCUUUUUCUCUUUCUUGUUCUUCGACGGCAUUCCUUUCGCACAUUACCCAAAUAGAAGUAAACGAAAUUCAUGUAUUUUAUAUCCACAAAGUGAGUCUACUUGACUUUAUGAUAAAAACUUUAAUACUCUUCAUUAGUAAAGUAUUAUUGUUUAUUUAAGUUUGUAUUAGAGAGCCAUGCAAUUUCCAUAAAAAUAUAAUAACUAUAAUUAUACUAUGUACUGCUGUUUUAUAUUUUAUUAUUUUUUUUAAUAUACGUUGAUUUGUUAAACUUU